AUGUCAGUCUUCUGUCAGAUCCCCUGUCUGAACGGCGGGCGCUGCAUUGGCAGGGACCAGUGCUGGUGCCCAACAAACUCCACGGGGAAGUUCUGCCACCUCCCAGCCCCCCCUCCUGCCCGACCCACCCCCAGCAGGAAGGACGGCAGCCUGGCCGGACGCAACUCGUCCUCCCACUCCAUGUACACCCUGCCGCUGUCCAAUCAACAAGCCUCUCUACACCCGUCCAUGGUGAAUGUCCACAUCCAGCACCCCCACGAGGCUGAGGUGCAGAUCCACCAGGUAGCCCGGGUCAAGCCUGGCCAGAGACCCCCCGCGGCUGAGGGGGCUCACUCUGUACAGCAGCGCUCCCAACCUGGCAAUGGCAUCGGCAAUGGGCAUGGGCACACCAGACCACACAACCGGCAGAACGGAUACGUGGGGAGGUGCUUCCAAGAGACCGUUGAUGGACAGUGUGGGAAGCCUCUUCCGGGCCUGACCAAACAGGAUGACUGCUGUGGAAGUGUGGGUGCCUCAUGGGGCCUGAACAAGUGCACAGAGUGUCCAACCAAACCAGCGUAUGCAGUGAUUGCGAACGGGCAAGUGGAAUGCCCCAAGGGUUACAAAAGGAUGAACAUGACUCAUUGUCAAGACAUCAACGAGUGUUUGAUGAACGGGAUCUGUAAGAACGCUGAGUGUCUGAAUACCAGAGGAAGCUACAGAUGCACCUGUAAACCAGGCUACAUGCUGGACCCUGCCAGGAGCCACUGUGUCUCGGACAAGGCUGUGUCGGACCAGAGGGGGAUGUGUUACCGCUCAGCGUCAGUGGGGACCUGCUCUCUGCCUCUCGCUCAGCACAUUACCAAACAGAUCUGCUGCUGCAGCCGUGUGGGCAAGGCCUGGGGCACGGCCUGCGAGAGGUGCCCUCUGCCAGACACAGACCAUUUCAAGGAGAUCUGUCCCGCUGGCCACGGCUACACAUACUCGCGCUCCGACGUGCAGAUCUCCCUGAGACAGCUGGAGGAAGAGGAGCUGAGGAGGACUGGCGUUUCCUGGGAGGCCCAAAACCCUAGCCACCCCCAACUGCCCCAGCAGCCAGCUCAGCCCCCACAGCAGCUGCCCCACGUCCCACAGACCCCACAGAUCCCACAGUACCCCUACCACCGCCAACCACAUCAACCACAGCAUCCACAACACCCCCACCAACCACAACACCCACAGGAGAUACCCCACCACCCCCAGACCCCACAGUACCCUCAUCAAUCCCACAAACCCCACCAUCCACAGCACCCCCAAGAGCUCCCCCAGACGCCCCAGAUCCCCCAGUACCCUCACACCCCCCAACAACCACAACACCCUCUCCAUCCAGACCCAGACACCCAGCAUCCAGCUGGGGAGACCCCCAGCCAGCCUCAAGUAGAUGUGGUAGAGAAAGUGACUCCUGACUCUCCCAUCAACCUGGGGCCUGAAUCUGAGGGCAAGGACACAGCCUCCAUCAAUGUGGCCACUCAGGUCACAGAUAUUGACAAGUGCUCCAUCACUCCAACCAUAUGUGGCCAUGGGCUGUGCGUGCCAGUGCAGACAGGCUACACCUGCUACUGUGACCCCGGCUACAAGCUGAGUGCACUCCAGACCAACUGCAUCGAUGUAAAUGAGUGUGAGGGGGACCCUUGUGGAGGGAAGGGCCGAUGUGUGAACACCUUUGGCUCCUACACCUGCCAAUGCUACAGCGGCUACAGCCAGGUCAUCACCCAGAACAGGAAGUUCUGCCAGGAUAUAAAUGAGUGUGACAUGGCCAACAAGUGCCAGGAUGGUGACUGUGUCAACACGGAGGGAUCUUACACCUGUGAAUGCAAGAGUGGCUACGCCAAGUCCAGGAAAGGGCAGUGUGAAGACGUAGAUGAGUGCCAGGGCCCCAGCUCGUGCCCCAGUGGAAGGUGUGUCAACACCCCAGGCUCCUUCCAGUGCCAGGCCUGUGGCCCCGGGUUCAGGGCUGCCAGCGGGAGAUGUCUGGAUGUGGAUGAGUGUCUGCUCCCUGGAGCCUGCCUCCAUGGCAGGUGUGUCAAUCUGGAUGGCUCCCACAGGUGCAGCUGUAACCCUGGUUACCAAAGCGCUCCUGACGGCAGGGCCUGUGAAGAUGUGGAUGAGUGCUCCAAGGCAGACAUGUGUCUGGGAGGGGUGUGUGCCAACACAGAGGGCUCCUUCACCUGCACCCGCUGUAAAGACGGAUACAGGGUGUCCCAGGACAGGCAGAGGUGUGAGGAUAUUGAUGAGUGCCAGUCUGGGUCUGUGUGUGCUAACGGGAUCUGUCUGAACUCUGAGGGCUCCUUCUCCUGCAUCACCUGUCCCUCAGGCUACAGCGUCUCCCUAGACGGAGAGCUGUGUGAAGAUAUUGAUGAGUGUGAGCUGCCCACUACGUGCCCCAGGGGAACAUGCACCAACACUGAGGGUUCCUUCACCUGCACCACCUGUGGGUCAGGCUAUAGAGUGACUGAGGAUGGGCUGGAGUGUGAUGAUGUGGAUGAGUGCUUGGUGGCUAACGUGUGCCCAGGCCAGCUGUGUAGGAACAGUCCUGGAUCCUUCUCCUGCAGCAGCUGUGGGACUGGCUUUACCCUGUCUGAGGACGGCUCCCACUGCCAGGGAGUUUGUCCCAUGGGCGUUUGCAGCAACACAGAGGGCUCCUACUCCUGUAUGACCUGUGACCUUGGCUUCACGCUGGCGCCCAAUGGGCUCACCUGUGAAGACAUCAACGAGUGUGAGGACCACGGUCUGUGUCUGGCAGGACAGUGUACCAACAACCCUGGUUCAUACAGCUGCUCCUGUCCCCCGGGCCUGGAGAUGGUGGACGGGACAUCUUGCAGAGAUGUGGAUGAGUGUCAGUCUGGGGGGAUCUGUGGAGAUGGGGACUGUCUAAACACAGAGGGUUCCUACCUCUGCAUCUGCCCUGAUGGAUACACCACAGGCACCACAGAUGGAAUUGGCUGCCAAGAUGUUGAUGAGUGCAGCAAGGAUGGCGUGUGCUCCCAUGGUCAGUGUCUAAACAUGGAUGGCUCCUACAUCUGCCUUUGUGAGACUGGCUUCAAGUACUCUGCAGACACAGCCGACUGUGAGGAUAUUGAUGAGUGUGUGAAUGAGACCAUCUGUGGGGACCAUGGCUUCUGUGAGAACACAGACGGCUCCUACCGUUGUCAGUGUGACCAGGGCUACAGCAACCCCCCUGGUGAUGCCGGGGCCCAUAGCUGUGUGGACGUGAACGAGUGUGAGAUGAGCACGGCGCUGUGUGGAGAGGCCCUGUGUGAGAACGUGGACGGCAGCUUCCUGUGCAUCUGCCCCAGCGACAAUGAGGAAUUUGAUCCCAUCACCAGCCAGUGCCGCCCGCAGGGUGAAGAUGCUCCUCCUAAGCCAGCCUUGCCCACUGAGGAACAGAGGAAGGAGUGUUACUACAACCUGAACGAUGCUAACUUCUGUGACAAUGUGCUGUCUCGCAACACCACCAAGCAGGAGUGCUGCUGCACAGUGGGGGCCGGCUGGGGGGACGACUGUGAGAUCCACCCCUGCCCAGUCCCAGGGAGAGAGGAGUAUGACCAGUUGUGUCCACAUGGAAGUGGUCUUCUGCCCCAAGCUGUUUUCUCCCACAGCCUGGAACAGCAGAGUUUCAAAGAUGUGGACGAGUGUAAGAUGUUUGGGCCAGAUAUCUGUAAGAAUGGCCGUUGCUCUAACAACUUCUCCUCGUACUCCUGCUUCUGCCGUACAGGCUUCUACUACGACAACAUCCGGCUGGAGUGUGUGGAUUAUGACGAGUGCCUGACAGAGAAGGCGUGUGUGGAUGGGGUGUGUGUGAACACUGCCGGCUCUUUCGACUGUUUCUGCAGUCCCCCUCUGGUUCUGGACAGCACCCGCCGUCGCUGCGUCAGCGUCAACACCACCGAGGAGACUCAUGAGCCUGAGGAGGACAUCCACCUGAACAUCUGCUGGCAGGGCCUGGUAGAUGAGCGUAUGUGUGCCCAGCCCCUCAUCGGCAGGAGGACCACCUACACAGAGUGCUGCUGUCUCUAUGGAGUGGCCUGGAGCGAACAGUGUGCCUUCUGCCCCAGGAGGGACUCUGAUGACUACGCAGCAGUGUGUAACCUGCCAAGGAGAGGGGGGUCUGACAGUCUACGAGAGAGGCCAGGCUAUGAGUAUGGUCCUGGGGUUGAUGGUCCUGAGGGGCCCUAUGUCCCCCCCUACUGGGACAACUAUGGAGGAGGGCCCAUCACUGGGCCUGGGGGUACCUACUACAACCCAGAGGACACCCAGGGCAUCUCCCUGUUCACAGACAACACCAACGACUAUGGCUCCCGAGAGGGAGACAUAGAGCCGCCACUACGUGUCCCUGUCCACCGGCCAAGAGAGUUCCAGCCUCACCCUGUAGACUCAUACAAUGACCGCUUUGAUGGCUUCGAGGGCCUGCGAGCAGAGGAGUGUGGCAUCCUGAACGGCUGUGAGAAUGGCCGGUGUGUGCGCGUGAGGGAAGGUUACACCUGUGACUGCUUUGAUGGAUACGAGCUUGACCUCACCAAAAUGGCCUGCAUCGACAUAAACGAGUGUGAGGAUAUCAGUGACAGCGUGGCGCUGUGUCAGAAUGGGGCCUGUACCAACACUGAGGGGUCGUACAAGUGCACCUGCCUGCCUGGCUUCCAGGCCUCUGCCAAGCCCCAUGAAUGCAUCCCAGAGGUCCCAGUGGCUGGCUUUAGAGAGAGAGUGGCAGGGAAAUGAGGGUGUGACUGUUGGAGCUUCUUCUCUCCUCCCUCCACCACCCCACGCCCUUACCCUCACCCCCCCGCCCUCUCACAGGGCCUGGCACUAUAAACCUCCAUCAAAAAACACUGAAACGUCCACGCUUGUCCCCUAAACACACACACACCAACACACAUACACACAUACUCUUAUUGACUCUUUCCUAAUUUCUCUCUCUCUACCACACACAUACUCAUUCACAUUUCCACAGGGGACCAGGAGCUAUCCAGUGAAUGUAUUCCAUGGGAUUAUCCUAUUUCUUAACAUUUAUAUUUUGCUUAAAGGGAUUUUCUGAGGAGUGACCUUGUAUUCAGUGAUCCCAGGCAGUUUGGUAUGCAUACAUACAUUUUUUCUGCAUUGUUUUUCUCCAUUUGUCUUUUUGGUUGAUUAUUUAUUUCAUGUACAUGACAAGGCUCUGUAAAGUAAGAGGGCAUAGGAUUUAUAUUGUCUUAUUUGUCAGACCAAUAUACUUUACUAACGAUGAGGGGAAACAGUGUGAAUAGUUGUUUAAGUUUGGUAACUAAGCCUGGAGGAAGCUGAUUGUCGUAAGCAUGCCACAUGUUAUAUUCAUAUUAUAACAUAAUAAUCACAUUGCUAUACAGGGAAAGUUACUUUCAAACCACUUUUUACUAGUAUUUGGGAUGCUUCUGUUGUCAGCAAGGCCUUUAAAAGGACCAACCACCCCUUCCACUGGUCUUCUGUGUUUCUUAUAACAGUGCAAUCCUACAGUCCUCAUCCUCGAGACAAACAGGCUCCUCUGUUGGCAAGGUUGUCUCAAGAGCAAUAACUACGAUCAAACAAGGUCCAGACCAGAUUCAUAUGCUAUCACAAUGUUGCUUUGACCUGCUGCCAGUACAAAUAGAGGGAGAGAGAGAGAAUUGAAUAUGGGCUUGGAGAGGCUAUAAAUGUACAGUACGAGUCAAAAGUUUGGACACCUACUCAUUCCAGGGUUUUUCUUUAUUUUUU